AUGCACCUGGACAGCUCUGCGCCCGCUAAAGCCAACGGAGAAAGCGCUGGAGAAGUUCUGAUCUGCCAACUCCCUCCAGAUCUGAGCAAAGGGACGGACUCUAACAUCGUUUACGUGCAGAACGACUCCAGCAGAGAGGAGGAAGAGUUUUGCAGUAGCGCUAAAAACAAUGCAUUUUUGACCUGUGACCCUUCCCCCGUUGAGUGCGAGACAUCGGGGUUAAGCCAAGGAUCUGACAAAUGUGAGUGUUUUAAACCAUGUGAGCCCAGCGCUAAUCUUAGUAUCUCAUCCGCCUGUGCGCUUUGCUGCGAACAACACCUCGGCCAAUCCCAACAAUGUAAGCCCGGUGAUCCGCUGUUGUCUUUCCGCACGGAGACAAAUCAUUUGGAAACGGAGGAGCAGAAUUCCAGAGCAUUCAAAACGUCCGAGCAAGAAGAAGAGACGCCAGACGAGCAAUUACCAGCAGAGCAAUGCCACGGAACGAGUUUGGAACAGUCCGCGGAGCUGUCAGAACACUUUGAACAUUUUUGUGAGGUCGUAAAAAGUUCUAGUCAAAGUGAGACAAGUUCAGAAGAUUCAGAAUAUGAAAUAGAAUCCUGUGAUCCGCUUUUUUGUAAUGAAAUUAUAUUUGAAGAUGGAAACAGCGAUUUAAGCGAUACUGGAUUCCCAGAAGAAUUUGAGAAUUUUGAAGAAGUUGAAAUUUCGCAAGACGACACCGACUUACUGGAAACGUCUGAUACAGAACCAGAUUUAACACCUGCAGAGGAAAGUCUAAAUUGUGACGAAGAAACAUCAACAGAAGAUUAUGAAUUAGAAGAAAUUGAAAAUCCAAACAUUGCAGAAAUUGAGAAUCAGGAAUUUAAAGAAAAUUGUGAAGGUUUGACCAAGUUUGAGAUAUCAGAUAAUUUGAUAGAAGAAGAAGCAGAAGAAGAAGAAGCAGAAGAAGAAGAAUUUUUUGAACAAGAUACAGAAGAUAUGCCAACUGAAAAUCUCCAAAUGACUGAAACUUUUGAGAACAAUUCAAAUUUUGACGAGGAAGAAUCUACCGAAGACAAUACUGAACAAGAUUUUGCAGACGAUAGUACAACUGAGGACAAUGAUUUUUCCGAAAUGGUGGAGGAAAUUGAAGAAUGCCAAACCUCACCAGAUACAUCUUCUGCGAGCGUAGUGUUUUGUUCGGAAGAUGAGUUGUCCGAUUGUUCUUCCAAAUCUUUCAAAACGUGUCCGGAAGGCAGCCUCUCCUCCCCGCCGUGUUCCGAUUCUUCCGAAGUUUCCGAUAAAAGCGUCCAAGGCGAUUCCAGCGAUGAGCAAACUCAGUGGGAAUCAUUCGAGGAAGAGGAGGAGGAGGUGGAAGAGAUCGUAGAAACCAACGUCAAAACCGAGACGAAGAAAACCGUAACGGACAUCGUGAUCGAGGAUUACUUUGAUUUUUUCGACCGUGACGAUUACUACGGGAUUUCGCAAAGAAAGCCCUACAUUUCCUGUUUUGACGGCGGAGACAUUCACGAUCGGUUGUAUUACGAACAUCUCCAAACCAUAGCGCAAAACGUGAAGAAUAAAAAUGAUUUCGAGCAAAUUCAAGAAGAAAUGAAAGAGCAGAAUGAAGCAAAUUUAGAAAUUCAGGAAUUUUGUGAGGAAGAUUAUGAGACUGAACAAUUAGAUGACAAUUUGGAAGACGAUUUUUGCGAAGAUGAUUAUGAAGAGGAGGAAGAAGUCUACGAGGACAGUAAUUUUGACGAAAAUGAACAACAAAACGAUGAUUUCUACCAAGAAUUUAUUGAAAACGCAGAAAAUGAGGACGUCGCGCGUGAGUCUUAUUUGUACGAAGAUUAUACUGAAGACAAAGACUCAGAGUACUGCGAAAAUUCCAACUUGGACGACAUUUUGUUGAGUGCUCCAUGCGCAGAGGACAUUUCCGUGGAGGGUGACGCUUAUUGCGAUUAUUCGGAAGUUAGCGAUUUAACGGAAGAUUUCGAGGACGAGUUUUGCGUUAGUGAAGACGUUGCGUUGUUAGCUUGCUCCGAAAGCGAACCGUACUGCGCGCUUUUCGACGUGGACGAGGAAAGAGGAGAAUUUGAGGAAGAUGUUGAGGACUACUACGCAUUUAAAAUCCAAAGCGUUCAGACAUCAUCCCAACAAGCUUUACGGGACUUUUUGUUGGAUGUAGUGUUGAAAAAUGACAUCCGCGGCGCGUUUUGGAGCCAGUCCGACGCGUUCAUAGAGGAUUUGGUGAUGGACUUAGCCGAGCGGUUAUCCCAGUGCUCGCUCCAGGCGGCGGCAGCGGAGGAACGGGAAGUGGCCGCUCCCGUAGGUUUGAUCCACAGCGUUGCGGAAAAUGUGAAAACAACGGCUUCGGAGGAAAGUCGGGAUUCGGAGGAAGACGGGAGCGAGGAGGAGGCGGAGGAGUGCGACUGCGAAUACUGCGUCCCGCCCACUGAACAGGGCCCCUCGGAGCCGCUCCUGCCCAGACUGCACUCCUCUGACUCGGGGAAGAUGUGUGUGGUCAUCGACCUGGACGAGACUCUGGUCCACAGCUCAUUUAAGCCCGUGAACAAGGCUGAUUUUGUCAUUCCAGUGGAGAUUGAAGGAACCAUUCACCAGGUGUAUGUUCUGAAGAGGCCUCACGUGGACCAGUUUCUGCAGAGGAUGGGAGAGCUGUUCGAGUGUGUGCUCUUCACCGCCAGCUUAUCCAAGUACGCAGACCCAGUGUCCGAUCUCCUGGACGCCUCUGGUGCCUUCACGUCCAGACUCUUCAGAGAGGCCUGUGUCUUCCACCGAGGAAACUACGUCAAAGACCUGAGCCGCCUGGGACGAGACCUGAGCAGAGUCAUCAUCAUAGACAACUCCCCCGUGUCCUACAUCUUCCACCCGGACAACGCCGUUCCCGUGGCCUCGUGGUUCGAUGACGUCUCGGACACUGAACUUCUCGACUUGAUCCCGUUUUUUGAAAGACUGAGUCAGGAGCAGGAAGUGUACCAAACCCUGAAGCAGCAGCGCACAGACAACAGCCACAGCUAACAGCUCAGCUACGAGUGAAGCUACGAGUGAAGCUACGAGUGAAGCUACGAGUGAAGCUACGAGCGCAGGGGCAGCGCACUCAGGGGCCACGGGGCAAACCUGCUCCCAAUGACUGGACCAGUGCAGACACGACACAUCACAGAGCAGAGCUAAAGCUAAUCCUACUAUGACUACUGUACGUGCACGAGGAGGACGAGUGGACAUAUGUUGUUUUUUUCUUCUUCUGCUGUUUAAACACUUUUGAGUCUUUAUAUUUGAAGGGACAAUGAAGCAUUCAGAAGUGAAUAUUCUAUUUGAACACUAAUGAUGAAUGAACAUUAAGCUCAUUAAAGAUUUGAGUAGGUUGGACUAGUUUAGUUUAGUUUAGAUUCUUUUACAUUUGACACAGAACUGCUCAAAUCUAGAAUCCUCGUGUAUUCACCUCACUGAUAUUUGACAGUGAACGUCUUCUCCCGUCACAUCCACUCUGCUGGAGUCUGUGGAAAAAAAUGGAUUCACAUUUUGCCUUAAUGAAAAAAACUCCCCUUUUCCACGUGAUCUGUGUUCAGGUGAUCCCUUUUUUGAUGUUAAAUCUGUUCAAUAGUUUUGAGUGAAGUGAAGUUUAAACCAAAGAAAAGCCCCAUAUGUUUCUUAUGGAGAUGUGAAGCCGUGCACGUGGAUGUGCACGUGGAUGUGCACGUGGAUGUGCACGUGGAUGUGCACCUGACAUGAUGUAGCAGGACGUCCCGGCUGUAUUCAGGAAAUACUGUAUCUGUAUUUAUACUUGAUGUUUGUUUUAAAAUGUUUGUGUAUUUUUCUGUAAAUGUGUUUCACUGUUUGUACCUUUCACUGGAAA